GUUAGUCAGUUGUUACAUAUGACCAAUAUAGACGAUAUGAAUAACAUUAGGAAACUAAUAGAAAAAUUGUCAGUAAACCAUAUUGAAGAGCUUCAAAAUAAGUCAAAUUACAAAAAUGGAGAUUGUGAAUUUUCGAUCGGUAGUGAACAGUUAAAAGAUAUAUUAAAUAUUAUAAAAGAAAACAUAGAUCCCGCAAAUUUCAACGAUGUUAGUGGUGGAGUGGAAAUUUUGCUAAAAAAAUAUGACAGCUUGUACCAAACUAGUAAUCAAAGGUUAGUAUCGAUGGUUUUUAACCUUUUGUUAACAAUUUUUAUCAACACUACCCAAUUGGAAAGGCAAAAAUACUACCACAUAUUAUUAGAUACGUAUUACAAUAAUUUAAACAAUUUUACAACUAAAUGGGAUGGAUCCGAGAGGUUACCAACUAGAGAAGAGUUUGAAGCUCAAAUAAAAGACCUUGUACCAUACGUUAAGCUAGAUAUGGUAAGACAUUCUGAAGUACAAGGUAAGGUUAAAGUAUUAGAAUCUGUAAGUGAAUUAAUAGAAGUACUUCUUUAUCCACAAAUAUUUAGAGAAGAUUGCUACAAAAUUGUAACCAAAACUUUAGGAACUAGCGAAUAUAUGUUCAAUAAAUUUGAGGUUGCACACAGUGAAGGAAACCCAGGUUUAUUAGGAGAUUACUUUAAAAUUAAUAUAUUUUUUAAUUUUAAUAACAAAGAUAAAAUCAUUCGAUGUUUUGCAAAAUAUUUGCCAGUUACAAACGAAAUAACAAUAUUAGUUGCUAAAGCUAGUUUUAAGAAAGAAAUAUUUAUGUAUAGUACAUUUAUGCCAUUAGUCCUUUCUUUGGGUAUCAGAGAAAUUAAAGACGUUGCACCUCAGUGUUUUCUGACCAAAAACGAUGACUGUAUUGUCUUAGAAGAUUUAUCAUUUAGUAAAUAUGUUUUAAAACCUAUAGAAUUGCACGCCGAAUAUGAUUGGCUGGAAAUGGUUACUAAGCAACUAGCCAAAUUGCACGCCUCUUCGUGGGUGUACGAAGAAAAGAUGUCUGCAAAAUCUGGUAAAGAAAUACGGAUCAGUGAAUUAUUUAAGGAGAAUCUUAAAGAGUACGCAUUAAACGAACAUGAACCAGCAGGUCUUGCGCUAUUACAAGGGUGUAAAUUUAUGGUGUCCUAUAUCUUAGAACAGUUUCCAGAUGUGACCCAAGGUACGGAAUUAUCGGAAUUAAAGAAAAUGGUGAAAGAAGCUUUCAAAGAAAUGUACAAAAAUGUUGGUGAAUCAAAGAAGUUUAGGAAUGUUCUCUGCCAAGGAGAUAUUCAUGCCAAUAAUAUCUUAAUGAAAUUUAAUGAAGAUAAUAAGCCAGAAUCUUGUAAACUUAUAGAUUAUCAACUUUCUAGAUAUUGUUGUCCUGUUGUAGAACUUUUAGUUCAGUUAUAUCUGAAUACUAACAAACCAAAUCGAGAAAAAUAUAUGAAGAUUUUAUUAGAUGUUUAUCAUGCAGAAUUAAGUAGAAUACUUUCUCUAUAUGAUAUUGAUAUAAACGAAAUUUUAAAUUAUACUUCAUUCUUAGAAGCAGUUAACCAAUUUAGACUUACAGGAAUAUGUAUAGCGGCUACUUAUGCUCAAAUUUUAUUCAUUCCUAAACAUUUAUUGCAAGAGAUGAAUACAAGCCCAGAGAAAGCUGUGCAAUAUUAUACAGGAGAUAGAAAAGAAAGCCUGGAGCAAUUUAUGAAACACGAUUCAUUUAAAAAUAAAUUGAAGGAAAUGGUUCAAGAAAUGUGUAAUGAAAUAAAAAGAAGAAAUAGUUAAUGGAAUUGUAUUUUAUUUAUGUAGAAAAAAUGAA